CUGCGUUUCCUCAUCGCCUGAACCUUUUCUACUUGGCCAAUGACGUCAUACAGAACUGCAAGAGAAAAAACGCCAUCGUCUUUCGUGAUACGUUUGCAGAAGUGCUCCCUGAAGCUGCUUCGCUGGUGAAGGAUCCCUCCGUUUCCAAAUCGAUCGAAAGGAUCUUCAAAAUCUGGGAGGACAGAAACGUGUACCCCGAGGAAACCAUUUUGGCGCUGAAAGAAGCCCUGAGUACCACUUUCAAAACUCAGAAGCAGCUGAAAGAAACUCUGAACAAACAACCGAAUAAGCCGUGGAAGAAAUCGCAAACAUCCACGAACCCGAAAGCUGCUUUGAAGUCCAAGAUUGUUGCCGAAUUCAGACCACAGUCUCUCAUCGAUGAAUUGCUGUUAUACAAGCGCUCGGAAGACCAGAUAGAGCUGAAAGAGAAGCAGCUUUCCACGAUGCGAGUGGAUGUGUGCAGCACGGAGACGCUGAAAUGCCUGAAAGACAAAACAGGAGGAAAGAAGUUCUCCAAGGAGUUUGAGGAAGCCAGUUCAAAGCUGGAAGAGUUUGUAAAUGGCUUAGACAAGCAAGUGAAGAACGGCCCCUCUCUCACCGAAGCCCUGGAGAACGCCGGUAUCUUUUACGAAGCGCAGUACAAGGAGGUCAAGGUGGUGGCAAACGCUUAUAAAACGUUCGCUAAUCGAGUGAGCAAUCUAAAGAAAAAGCUAGACCAGUUGAAAGCAACGCUUCCUGAUCCGGAGGAGUCUCCUGUCCCUUCCCCCAGCAUGGACGCCCCGUCUCCGACGGGCUCCGAGUCCCCUUUCCAGGGGAUGGGGGAGGAGGAUAGCUCCCGCUCUCCGGUGGUCGGAAGCCGCAAGACGGCGUCUCCGGAGCCUGUGACGGAUAAUCGGGACGUGGAGGACAUGGAGCUCUCUGACGUGGAGGAUGACACGUCUAAAAUUAUCGGUACGUUCUGCGGGGGGCAGCGGAGGAAUUGUCGCGUGGAAAUGGCAUCGAGGCGAAACGGCCCUUUCGGGGCCCCGUUUGGGGUGGGGCGGGUGCACAGAGCCCUCCUGGGGCUGCGCCUCGGUGCCGUGGGGUUUUGGUCUCCUGACACCAGCCGGGAAAGUCCCGAGGUAGCCGGGAUUGUUCCCAUCCCCCAAACCGCUCGUCGAGUAACGUGUUUACGUGGCCUGCGGGAAUCCGACCUGGCGGUGAGGAUCCCGGUGGAAAUCCUGUACCUGGAGUGGUUCUUCGGGGCCGGAGUGACG